AUGAAUGACGAGAAGGCUAUUCGGGACGCCCCGCUCCUUCACCAGUCUUCCAUUCUAAAUCCUCUCCAGCAUCGCAUCGGUGGUGCCCAGCAUGUUGACAUGCUCACGGCUCAGGAGGCGCAGGACUUUAGCGACAUCGCAUCCACUGAUGGAAGGGCGUUCCAAUCACAGAAUCGUCUUCAAGCAGGCGAAAGCCAUCUGAUUGAGUUGGACCUGAGGAAGAAACGCCCCCAUAAUAAUUGGACGACUCGGCAACGCGUUGUUUUCUGCUGUAUGCGCAGGUUUUUUAACCUGAGCAGAGCUCAGGAGACAGCUCUCUUCAAUGCUGUCUUCCUUGAUGAAGUUCGUCCUCUAGGGUUCCCCCUGGGCCUUCCAGGCACUACGCUGAAUACCCAAUGGGAAGAUAUGAAGAAGAGGCGACACGAAGUUUGGACACUGCUUUUUCGAGAUCUCAAAUCUGCCGCACAAGUCGGCAUCCUCGUUAAGAGGAGGUCAGCUGAUAGUCUUAAUGCCCGCAAGUUUUCAGUUGAGAAAGGAGCAAAGAAAAACAGCCCAUCGACCCAUAUCGAUUCGGAGAACAGAAGAACAUCAGAUGAGUCUUCUGCUCCUGCUCACGUGCCGUUGAAGAUGUCAGCUCCUGUUAAUGCGCAAGGUUUUCGCUUGACUUGCCCUCACUCUCAUAUGCCUACUCAGACCAAGAUACCAAAUCUGGUGUGGCGUUGGGCGAACGAUGAUUCCCAGGGAAUAAAUUCUAGACACGGGUAUGUCGCCUACAUAUUUACCGAUAGACUCGGUUCAAUACCGUCGCCUGGGGAAUAUAAGCGGGAUGAGUUCCAGUCGAUGCUGGAAAACCAUGCGUGGAAAAGACGCAUACCCUCUCCUUUUAUCUCAACGUCGUCAGACCCCUUGACGGGAAUUCACAGGGCGCUAAGGCACAGCAACCACGCAAUCGUUAGUCUGAUAGACACUACACAGCUUGACGGUUAUCUGAAAUUCUCCAUGGAAGAGUUAAUGGUACAAUACAAUAUUCGGACUCCUGGGUAUGCUGGCCGAAAAGAGUAUCUCAUCUGGGGCGCCAUUCCUAAGUCAGCAAUUGUCAUGACUUUUAGGAUCGAUGAUCUCGUGAAAAUCGCAGAGGAGAAUGCUGAUAUUCAAGCUGUGCUGCAGCUAGACACCACGCCGACUCCCGCCAUUAUUGGAUUUGUCUCUGGGGACGACUUGACUGACUAUCUCCGUGGCGUCUGGGAGGGAUUCGAGCCCUCAUCGACGCCGAAGCAGCUCAACCAAGUGAAUUCACCGUUCCGCCCUCGUUCAAAGAAAAAUACUAUCCCUCAGCAGUCACUGGCGUCAGGAGAACGAACCGAAGAUUUUCUCUCUGCGGGAGUAUCAAGCUCUUCUCCUGGUUUCAAUGAGACAGAAUCUGCUUUACGAGCUUCUAAUCAUACUGACCCAAUCCACAUUGAUGAUGACGACGAUUUCAUUUUGAUCGAUACGUCCUGCCCGUCUCGUCGUUUGAAGAAGACAAGAGGCCCUGUGAAGAUCGCAGUCGAACAUACUGCUUCUGAAGUCUCAAAGAAAUUUUCCAAUCCACAGCGGGCUCGGCCUGUCCUGAAGGAGCCGCAGCCGCAGCUGCUGACUCCUGGGAGCUCUCCAAUGAAGAGAAAGAGAAGCACCUUUAACAUCGAGCCCUACAAACCUGAGACCAAUUCGUGGUCCCCGGUGCAGCAGAACCCGACCAAGAGGGCCGUAGUGCACAGUGGUUCUCAGGAGAACAACUACAUUGUCAUUGAUGACGAUGUUGAUCACGAGCUGGACGAGAAACAAGAAGAUCAGGAUGUGGAUGAUACCGCAUCAGUCAUCGACUUCGACGGCGCACCUCCGAGCCCCGCAUCCAGUGCUGCCACUCUCAGGGACUUGACAGCAGACGAGCAGUUCGAUUUGGACCGUGCUCGUGUCACGCGAAUGAUGGCAUACAACUGGGCGCAGUUCUAUAAGAUCUUGCAGGAGACGGCGGCGGAAGAACCAGCGUCUGCAUCCUCAUCCUCAUCCUCAUUUGCGUCGGCAUCUUCAUAUUAUUCGCUGGAUUGA